CAUCCGACGCGAGUGGACGCGACUUUCCGGGAGUGAUUUUGGGACUGUUGAGUGACCCCGCCGAAACGGUGCAUAAUUAGUGGGCAGUGUGACCAAACUGGUCAAUCUUGUGAGAUUUUGAUUUUCUGAAGAGGAAGAAGCGAUUCGAGGAGAUCGAGCGAAACUCCCGGAACAUUUUGGAUUCCUAAAGGAUAACGAGGGUGCUAAGCUGAUCGUGUUAUCUUGUGGAGAAUAAAGUGUGCUGCAAUGCAGUUGAUAACACUUAAUAAGAUGAGGCUGGUGUGCGUUUUUGCCCUGCUGUUGACCCUGGUCGCAGCCACAUCUAGCACCGACUCGAACGACUCCAAAGAUGUGGACAGUGACCUGAAACGGAUACGAAUAGAUCCGGCGUUACGCAAAGCGUUGCUUCGGGCGUUGCGCCAUCUAAAGGAACGACAAGAGGAGGAGAGCGACGUGCUGAACACGACCGAGGAGAACUUUGCGACCACCAUUUUGGAUGAGAUCCUGGAGGAGAGUACCAGCAGCCAAGACCGAAGUCCCAACGUCAAGUACUACACCGCUGAAACGGAGACGGACAAUGGGGAAAACGAGAUCAUUAAGACUAUCAUCAUCACGAAACCGAAAACGACUCUAACCCCGCCGAAGGAGGACUAUGCCCGUGAUGCCGUCCCAGAUCCAAUCAAGGAACGCGAGAACGAGCUUAUCGAUUCGAACCAAGUUGCCCGCAGCGUUGUGUCCGGAUCGGCCAACGCACUUGGAGAAUCUAAGGAUGACAAAGCGGCGGAUGAUAAGAAGAUUUCGGUAGUCACCGCUGCAUCGGGUAGCAGUACAACGGCUGAGGUUACACCUACCGUGACCACUGUCACUCCUACGACCACUACAACCAAGGGACCCACUCACAACUCUGACGGCGAAAACAUCGAAAAGGUCAAGAGCGAAGACGUCAAGAUCUACCAAGCUCCACUGGUUGCGGCCUUCACCGUUCAGCAGGAUCAACUCGGCGUUCCACGUAACGUGAUCCCACUUCUACAAUCUCUUCCCAAGAAGAACCCCGUUGAAUUCAAGCAAUCCACCCCAAUGGUCUCCACAUCUCAUCCGGUCGCACAGCUCCAGCCUGUGCAGAAUUCACCUCAAGCACCGGCCACCGUUCCCACGCCAAUCCCCCUCAACACACAAGCGCUCGAGGAAAAGACUCGUAUCCUGGAACAACAACUGGUUACCCUGCAAACCCAACAACGCAUCCAGGAACAGCUGUUUCGCUCCAAGAUCCUCCAGGAACAGCAGUUGAUUCUGCAGCAACAGCAGCAACUGCAACAGGAGAGAGCACGCCUCGAAGAGGAAACACGUCGCCGCCUGCAGAGAUUCGAAGAAGAGCAAAACUUGUUCCGCCAGAAACAGAUUCAAUUCCAGCAGCAACAGUUUAAGAUCCAGCAACAGCAGUCCUUCAAGCAGUUCCCAGCUCAGCAAAACCCACAGCAAUCGUUCCCCCAGCAGCAGAAUCAACAACAACAGUUCACUCAGCAACAGCAGCAACAACAGUUCGCUCAGCAACAGAAUCAGCAACAACAACAGUUCACUCAGCAACAAAAUCAGCAACAACAACAGUUUGCUCAACAGCAAAGUCAACAACAACAACAGUUCACUCAGCAGCAAAGUCAACAACUACAAUUCCCUCAGCAGCAGAAUCCGCAACAGCCCUUCCAGCAUCAGCAGCUUCCCCACCUGCAACAACACCAACAAUUCCAGCAGCAGCAGAUUCCACCUCCACCGCAGCCACAGUUCAACCUUGAGCUUCCCCGCAACUCCCCCGCCGUCCAGUUCAUCCCAAGUGUUUCCCUGCCUGGCAAAGCGAUCCCAAUUUCGGUGGAACAACAGCUUCCAUUCAAGGAACCUGUCAACUUCCAGCCAAACAACCAGGCCAAGCCCAACACCGUUGUCGAGCAGGUCAAAUCGAUCAGUCCCCCUGCCCAACAGUUCCCAAUCAUUCCGCCGUCCCCUCCCCAGCUGUCCAAGCAGCAGCUGCUUCCUCUGAAGCCCUUCCAACCGUUCAACGUGAACCCCGCUCCAGCUCCUCUGCCCCUGCAAGCUCCGCUUCCCAUCGAUCAACAGCUGCCCGGACUGCAGCGCACCCGCGUGUUCCGCCACGAAACCGGAACCGGUAACUUCGGUUUCAGCCAAGCCCUUCCCCACCAACAGUCCAACGCUCCCUUCCGGCCCUCGCAACCGAUCCCACUCUUCCAGCAGAACAACGGCUUCACGCCGCUACGCAACGACAACCAGCUCCAGAACCUGCUCGUUCAAUCCGGCAUCACCUCCCGCUCGGCGGAAGAUUUCAACAUCAUCACCAAGGUCCUAGCCCUGAACCACGGCAUCCCGCAGUCCUCCUCGCAGCAAAUGUUCGCCAAGCUUAGUCCCGAGCAGCAGUUGCUGUUCCGGAAGAAGUGAUCGCGCCCACAACAGUAUUCUACCCCCUUCCUCUUCCCCUCCUAAAACAAAUAAGGUUGCGUACUGAAAGAGAAUGCGCGUAUGAGUGCGAGUGGCUGCGUGCGUGAGUUCCGAUGAUGAAUGAGUGUCCGCUAGUGACGCUAGUCUGCCAUAUUUAUUGCGUGUGUGUGUGCAAGUGAGGAGCGCGACUGCCGACACCCACCAACCCACACAACCGAGAGAGAGUGAGCGAGAGUACACACACAAACAACUUUAAACAAAAUAUUUUUCUUUCAUUUUCAUGUCUUUACAACCAACGAACGGAGCAAUCUGCUUGUUUUACGUGUAAUAUUUUGUAAGCGAGAUACCAGUAAAUUAUUUUCUUGAGCAUAUGUAGGUUUAACGUUACGGUCAGUUUGAUUUCCGAUUACGGGAAAGGAGAGCAAACGUUUGGUCCAACCCGCUAACAAAACAAAAAAAAACUUACGUUUAAUACGAUAAGAUUCGAAGAGAACGCAUAAACGCGGACGUGUUAGUACGUGUAAAUGUACUGAUUUAUCGAGAAUAAAUUAAAUUUUUAAUAAA